CGAGAACGCCAGGAUCUGGCUUUGUUAUUGGUUGGCUGCUGCCUGAUGGAUAGACGAGGGAGGAGUGAACUCUUCAGUCUGUUCUGACGGCGCUGAAGUACAGAAACCAUAUUUACAGGUACAUGUGACAGCGCUGCAGCUAUGAGUGGAAUUUUAAAGGGGAAGUUUGAAGAAAUUGACGGCUCCUCACCCUGCUCCUCCGUGAGGGAAUCAGAUGAUGAAGUUUUUAGCUGUGACGGUGCUGGGAGUGUUGAUAGUGUCAAUCCGUCCACUUGUAAUGUUUUCACUGGAAAAAAUAAGGAGAUAUCAACAGACUGAAAAGAUGUUUUCAGAAGCAUAGAGUCUUCAGAAAGAUACUGGAGUUCAUGAGAUCUCAAGGUACAUGUGACAGCGCUGCAGCUAUGAGCGGAAUUUUAAAGAGGAAGUUUGAAGAAGUUGACGGCUCCUCACCCUGCUCUUCUGUUCGGGAAUCAGAUGAUGAAGUUUCCAGCAGUGAAAGUGCUGACAGUGGGGACAGUGUCAAUCCAUCCACCUCGAAUCAUUUUCCCCCUUCCUCCAUCCUCAAAAGAGAGAAACGACUAAGGACAAAGAAUGUGCAUUUUAGUUGUGUCACCGUGUACUACUUCACCAGGAGGCAAGGCUUCACGAGCGUGCCCAGUCAAGGGGGCAGCACCUUGGGCAUGUCCAGCCGCCAUAACAGCGUGCGCCAGUACACUCUUGGUGAAUUUGCAAGAGAACAAGAGAGGCUCCACCGGGAGAUGUUGAGAGAACACCUCAGGGAGGAAAAGCUGAACUCUUUAAAACUAAAGAUGACCAAGAAUGGCACAGUGGAAUCUGAAGAAGCUAGCACUCUUACCGUGGAUGACAUUUCUGAUGAUGAUAUUGAUUUAGACAACACAGAGGUAGACGAGUACUUCUUUCUACAACCCCUGCCGACGAAAAAAAGGAGAGCACUGCUGCGGGCCUCGGGGGUGAAAAAGAUUGAUGUGGAAGAAAAGCACGAACUGCGUGCCAUCCGCCUGUCGAGAGAGGACUGUGGCUGCGACUGCCGAGUAUUCUGUGAUCCAGAAACUUGUACCUGCAGCCUGGCAGGCAUUAAGUGUCAGGUGGAUCGAAUGUCUUUCCCAUGCGGCUGCACUAAAGAAGGAUGUAGUAACACAGCAGGUAGAAUUGAAUUUAAUCCGAUCCGUGUCCGGACUCACUUUUUGCACACGAUCAUGAAACUUGAACUGGAGAAAACCCGGGAGCAGCAGAUCCCCACGCUGAACGGCUGCCACGGCGACAUAAGCGCUCACAGUAGCUCCAUGGGCCCCGUGGCGCACUCGGUGGAAUAUUCCAUCGCGGACAACUUCGAGAUUGAGACGGAGCCCCAGGCCGCCGUGCUGCACCUGCAGUCGGCCGAGGAGUUAGACUGCCAAGGGGAGGAGGAGGAGGAGGAGGAGGACGGCAGCAGCUUCUGCAGCGGGGUCACCGAUUCCAGCACGCAGAGCCUGGCGCCUAGUGAGUCGGAGGAGGAGGAGGAGGAGGAGGACGACGACGACGACGACGAGAAGGGGGACAGCUUCGUGGAAGGUUUGGGCACCCAUGCGGAAGUCGUCCCGCUCCCUUCCGUCCUCUGUUACUCCGAUGGCUCGGCCGUCCACGAAGGGCACGCGAAAAAUGCUUCUUUUUAUGCCAACUCUUCAACUCUGUAUUACCAAAUCGAUAGCCACCUUCCAGGAACGCCUCACCAGAUCUCCGAGAGCUAUUCGGAAAGAGACCCUGUGAAAACCGGUACCCUGUCGCUGGUGCCUUACACCAUGACCCCGGAGCAGUUUGUGGACUAUGCCCGGCACGCCGAAGAGGCCUACGGCGCCCCCCACUACCCGGCCGCCAACCCCUCUGUCAUCGUUUGCUGCUCCUCCGCAGAAAGUGACAGCGGUGUGCCCUGCAAUAGCUUAUAUUCCGAACCCAGGUCCAGUCAUCCUCAAGUGGAAUUUCACUCAUACUUGAAAGGCCCCUCCCAGGAAGGGUUUGUCUCCGCGUUGAAUGGCGACAGUCACAUUUCAGAGCACCCUGCGGAGAAUUCUUUGAGCCUGGCAGAAAAGAGCAGAUUGCACGAAGAGUGCAUCAAAUCACCCGUGGUUGAGACCGUCCCCGUUUAGUAGCUCAGAUCCUCCUAGGACCACCCCUUCUCUUACCGAAAGCCCUGUAUUUCAUUCGAUUUCCUGGGCCCGUGGUUUUUUUAAACUGAGGACCAAGAACACCCGGACUUCGGCGAAUUUUCCAGACUGCAUUUCGUUUUCUCCUUUCUAGCUACGUGAACUGUGGCGUUGCACAAAUACGGUCUCUAUGAGGAUUUUAAAAGAUUUCAGACUGUUUUGAUAGAAAAAUGCUAAUUUUAAAAAAGCAUAGCUCACAGUUGCCUACCUGUCAAACUGUGUGAAACCUGCCAAGCUGUGUAGAUCAGAGCUCCAAGUUUUGGAUUAUCGGGCCUGUGCAAGAUUGUUAACUGAGACUGGGAAGUAAUAAGAUUUAGAGUCCUAAUUUUCGAUAAAUCUGAAGAUGAUGGUGACUUUUUAAUGUAAAAGUAAUUAUUGUAAGAAAAAGAUUUAAUCGUUCCAUGUGUAUUUUAUUCAUGGUAGUUAGAAGUCACGUUUUGAUGAAAAUGAACAGCCGCAUGUUCUUUUAAGCUGAAGACGCAUAGUUAGUACCACCGCGCAUGCCCACAUGGAUUGCGUCUGGAAUCCAUUCACGUUUUUAUGAUCAUGACUGAUCAGAUUUGCAAAUACUUUCUUAAGGGUGAAAUAGGCCUAUUUUUGCUAUUUUGGACAAAUAAAUGAGUCUAUAUGUGCAGGUCCUUACACAGUUUUCUCUAAAGUUAAGAGUUAGGACAAUCCUCUGGUGAGGGUCUAGUCAUUGCCCUCCCUCAGCUGACUCCAGAGUUGGAGGUAGAAGGAAUUGCCUUUCUUUUUUAAACAGCAUCAUCUUGGUUCUUAGCUUGGACAGCACCUUUAAACUCUACUCCCCUACAUCCAAAUGCACUUUAGUGCCCCUUCAUGGUACCUUGUGAGGGGUGGGGACUGAGAACUCUUUGAGAUGAAAAAUUAAAAAAGAAAUUUUUUUAAUUUGUAACUAUUAUAAAGUUCAUAUAAUUAAUAUAGAGGAAUCAUCCAAUGAUACUUUAUGAAGGAAAAAUGACCUAUUUUCCUUCGCCACUCUGAAGACCUAACUCGGUAAAAGCAGAGGAGGCAGAAGAAACCUGGAAGAGACACAUCCUCAGCAACCAGCCUUUUCUACUGCGUGAUCAAUCCAUCUCUACAAAAUGAGUAUAUAAGGAGAUUUCCUUUUAGUGACUAGCUGAUUGAAGGGGGCCUCUACCCAAAUACUCAACUAGGCCUUACUUUUCUGAAGCGUUUUGAUUUCUCUUGCCUGGGACAAUUAGCAAAACAGUCCAGAAUGCGUUGAAUACUUUCUAAUUACCUCAUGUUCUCUUAUUAAAGGGGACAGAUAGAAAUUAAAACAUGCACUCCCCACCUUUAGAUUAUCUGCACUUGGUUCGUCGGAGGACUUCUAAGAUCCCGUUUUCCUGUACAUUAAUUUAGGUACCUAACUAGUGUGUUCUACCUUCCCCUCCCAAUGCAAUAUGACUAUGCUAAGUCUGUUUCAUAUUUUCAACCUUCUGUUGUUACAGCAUUUCACAUUUUAUGCCUCUUUGAAAUGUGGACAUGCCUUGCUCUUCAGUGACUGCAUCGCUAAUUUUUAUGUCUUCUAGACUUAGGUGUUUAGAAAUAUGGAUAUAAAUAUAUGGUAGCUCUCAAUUCUUUAAAAAAUACUAUUUUAUUUCAUUGAACUUAAAAAUGUUUGAUCUCAAGAAAGUCCUCCAGUGGAAAAGUUUCUGCUAAAACUUGGUUUGGGGAAAACAUGUCUCCCGGGGCAGCUCCUUCCUCUUUGCGGUCGGUCCCGCCCUCUCUCCCCUCUCCAGGGGGCCAGAUUUAUAACCAUUAAUGUUAACAUUAAAGGAGCUUUGGGUGUGUCCUUAUGGAAGUAGCAGUGAGGAGGGCAGGCAUGUGACUCUUGAAUGAUAAGCCCUUUGGGUUAAUCAGAUUGGGGUUUUUGUUCAAAUCUCAAUAGUAUGUCUCACGUUGUCUACAAAGUUACACUUUUUAGUGCUUGGUUUACAAAACUGUUUCCCUUACCAAUACAAUCUAAAGAGCACAGGCCCAAAGAAAAAUGACAAGAGGCUACUGUUCCUUCAUUUAGGCAUGUGAAAAAACCACAUGGGCCCUAUUUGCUGGACCAUUACAAGCCCUUGAAAUACUUACUUGUGAAGCAGUCAGCAUAUUCUUAGAACACAGACGGUGGCGAGGGGAGAAGAGACUGGCUGGGGCCAAGUUGAAGGGUAGAAUGUCAGUCCAGUUUCUGCAAGGAUAGAUACUUAAUUUGGUUCAGCUUUGUAUUUGCAAGAAGGUUGACGCCUACUUGUUUGUUUGGCUAGGUCUCUGUUUUGUAGCUUCAUUUCCAAAAGGAUGCUUAACCUAGAAACAUGUAAACAAAAAAAAAAAAAUCAGAGGUUUUUCCCCUGUCCAAUUGGAGUUGAAAGUCACUGGGCACAGAAGGAUUAACUUUCCAAGCAUGAAUUCCAUUACAAAUUUUCAUACACAUAACCUAACCCCUAAACAUCUCCCACAAACUACAUACACAGAUUACCUAUUAAAACACACACACACACACACACACACACACACACACACACACACACGCAAGCACGCACGCACAUGAUGUAUACUACACACGGGAGAAUGACAGAUUUUAGGCUAUGGCCAAUAAUAAACACUGUAUUUUUUCCCUGCCUUAGGACUGGAUGCCGUUUUAUGAUCAAAAAAGGUCUAGAAAAGAGGAUAAUUUGUAAAGCUAUAGUUUGAAAAUGUCGGGUCAAAGUUGCCAAUAAUAUUAAUGAUGGAUUCAUUUCAUUGUUACUUCCUUUCCCAGAAAUGCUGAGAGAGCACUGUGUUCCAUCUGACUUUUUUUUUCCGUUAAUAGCCCUUCUAUUCAACAAAAACUGCCCACAUGCCAGGAGAGCGCUACAGUUUUUCUAAGCUUUUUAAAAUGGGGAUCAAGCUAGAUGCAGCCAGUUGGGAUACUUAAGAUCUUUACACUGAGACACAAUGACACCUGACCUGCAGCUGUUGUAUUGCCCCCAUAGUAUAUCUCACCAAAUUUCUGUCUUUUUCUGACAUGCGGCUUUUUAGUCAUUGACUGCCAAUGGCAAAGCUUCGUGCUUUGGUCCCUGUUGUUUUAGCACCAGCCCUGUGCUUUUUAUUGGGACUUAAUUCCCAGUUAUAAUCCAGACCAGAUUGAUUUGCAAAUCAAGUGGCUGGAGCAGCUUGCAUUUCCUUUGUCAUUCUAGGUUUCCUUUGGGAGAAAGAAGUCAACGAAAGAGAUUUACUUAAGUUCCCCACCGCCCAUCGUUUAAUCAUUGAUUAUUAAGACAUAAGUAAAACGUGUUCGACUCAUGUCUUUUGUUAGCUGAAUAAUAUAGUUACUUUUUUAAAAGUCAUUCUUUUCUUUGUGAUAAAACUAUAUUUUUCCCAGUGUACCAGCCACAUAUAAAAUGUGAAGUGAAUAUUAUUCGAGUCAUAAAAUCUUCACAAUCAUUUAUGGCCCAGCAAUAACCCCCCGCAAAAAAAAAAAAAAAAAACCUCUAUGAAUUACAGAAACACUCGCCACAAAAUAAUCAAGAAGCUAAGAGAUUAUAAGUGAUUAUGUUCUUUAUACUUUUUACAUUCUAACAGAUGAUAUCCCAGCAAAAUUCUGCUUUGGUUAUCAUUAAACAGGGAAAUAGAUCAUGAUUUAUUUCCUAUACAUUGAUAUAUCAUUGGUUCUCUAAUUAAACUUCGAUAUUGUACAAGUUUAUAAUUCUUUGGUCUUGAUAUUUAGAAUUUACUAAGUAUCAACUCUAUCAACAAAUACUUAUAGAACACCUACUCUGCUAGAGGAAGUGUUCUAAGUGGGUAAAAAGAGGAGUGGCAUGAAAUAAUCAAGCCUCACUGUAAUUCUUUUUGUUGUUGUUCUUUUUUUUUAUUAUGUUAUGUUAGUCACCACAAAGUACCUCAUUAGUACUUGAUGUAGUGCUCCAUGAUUCAUUGUUUGCG